AUUGUGUAUAUUAAUUACUAUUAUUAUUAUUAUUAAUAAUUGUUCGACUUCGCCGUGCUUUAUGAAGUACAAGAACACCCGUACAAGCAGAUUGAAAGGCCACUAAUUGGUUUCAUUUCCAACAACAGGCCGUCAUGAAUAAAGGUUUCAAGCUGUGCAGUUAGCAGCUAUUAUGGGUACAAGCUUUGCCACAGGGAGAGGGGGGAGAGGUUGACGAGACCUUUAUGUUACGCAAUGAUUUCAUUUCACGGCUUCCCCGAGGACACAUGUGCUCAUCAUAUGUAUUAUUCAAACAACGACCUUUCUAUCAAUUCCCAGCUCAGUCUGACCCACUUUUCAACGCAACUUUUAACCGGCAGCCCGCAGGUUGCAAGUGUUGGUGGAGGAGGACGCGGGCGUCGAACUAAUUAACUCCAAUUAACACAAGUCACGUGACGCCUUCCUAGCGUCAAAUGAAGCACGUGAUUUAUUUCCGAUCGCAAAACCGUGAAAUGAUUUCUCGUUGUGCAAACCGUUUUUUGACUUCUCUCGUUGUAGCCCUCGUGGCUCAGCACUGCUGCUGCUUCUCAGCAGUCCAGGUGGAGACAACACCUGCGCAGCCCGCCAUGCCCAAAGUCUCGUGCUUCAAUCGAAGGAUAAGAGCCGUGUUCGGCCCGCUGGUCAAAAGUAACAUACAUGUUAAAGACCGGACAGGGGCCAUGAUACCAGUGCUUCAGUCUGAUGAGUCGUGUGGAGUGAGACUGGCCAGAGACAAAAAACAGAACCUCUCCUUCUUCAGCGGAUAUGACAGCUGCUAUGCACGGAUUGAGGGCAGCAAAGUGAUCGUCCCUCUGCAGAUCCAGCUGACGGGAGAGGAUCGCUGGCUGAGGGUAAACAUCAGCUGUCCUCUAAUAAAGAGACAAAGGGUGAGGACUCCCCCCAUCCCAACACCGUUACCUGGAAAUUGUGAUACGGAAAGAGCUCUGCGACUGGACUGCGGCCCCCGAAGCAUCUCUGGUGACGCCUGCGACAAACUGGGAUGCUGUUACGACGCCGAGGAAUCCACUUGCUACUACAGGCUCGAUGCCUGCUCUGUGGAUGGACACUUUGUGUUCUCGGUGAAGUCCACGGACACGGACCCGCCCAUCGAUCCCAGCAGCCUCACAGUCAAGGGUCAGCCGCACUGCUCCCCUGCGGCCACCACCACUGACACGGCUGUCUUUAAGAUCGGCAUUAUGGACUGUGGUGCCAAGAUGACGGUGAAAGGAGACAUGAAGAUCUUCGAGCUGGAAGUGGAGGAGCUGCAGACCAAAGGAGUAACCAAACAUUCUCCAUUUAAUGUCCAGGUCCAGUGUGAAUACAACGCGCUUCAUGUAAAGCGUGCCGCAGACUUGCGGCCCUUCUCUCCGGUGACCAAACCACCACCUGCUGUUGCACUGGGAACUAUGGUCGUGCAAAUGAGAAUUGCCCAAGAUGCGUCCUUCACCUCCUUCUUUCCCGAGGAGCAGCUUCCAAUCACCUUUCCGCUGCGCAAGGUUGUCUACGUGGAGGUCUCCAUCGCCCAGCCGUCCCCGGACCCCUCGCUUUCCCUGCGUGUACGGGACUGCUUUGCCUACCCUGCGUCUGGGCACUCUGUGUGGACGCUUCUCCACGACGGAUGCCCCAACCCUUUGGAUAACAUGAGGAGCUCAGUCCCUGUGAGCGACGGGGGGAAGAUCGACAGCCACUCCCAAUUCAGGCGGUUCGACGUCAAGACCUUUGCCUUCUUGGACCCUCACACGGGCCACCCGAGCGGGGAGGAGAUGUACUUCUACUGUUGGGUGGAAAUCUGCACGAACGCCGCCGACUGUGCCCAGCCUUGCGCUAUCGUUUCGGCUGAUGGUGAGCGGCGGAGGAGAGGGGCCACGUCUCAGUACAACCUGGUCUCUCUGGGACCGCUGCUGCUGGGACACAACGUCACCGAACUGGAGGACAACCGAUGCGUUAAACAGAAGACGAUGUUCCAGGUGACUGCGUGUGUUCUCUCUGGCGUCGGCGCCGCCCUGGUGUUGAUCCUGAUGGUUGCUCUGUGGUCGAGCAUCCGGAAGCAUCAGAGGCCAGAAGCUCCGCAAGUUAUUGAGGGACAAGUUGAGGAUCUAUUUCAAUAAAACUUUUCACUGCAUUAAAGAA